ACGGCUUACGACAGGAAGAGACUCACCGUCUGGCAUGUUAUUGUAUGGUUUUCAUUAAUUUCGUGAAUUGUGCUGACAUUCUCAUCAGGUGCGAUGCAGCAGACGUUGACUCCUCACGUGUACUGGGCUCAGCGGCAUGAGGACAUCUACCUGCGAGUGGAGCUGAUUGAUGCGCAGAAUCUUGACAUCAGCGUACAUGAUAAUGUCCUCCGAUUCAGGGCCCAGGGUCAUGGAGCAAGAGGAGAAAAUGAUUAUGAGUUUAGUCUGCCGUUUCUUAAUGCUGUGAAGACAGAGGUGAGUCACAGGUCGACCCAGCGCCAGGUGAACAUCACAGUCCGUAAGCAGCUGAGCGGCUGGUGGGACAGACUCACCCUGCAGGAGAAGAAACCUCUGUUCCUGGCUCCUGACUUCGACCGCUGGAUGGACGAGUCUGACGCUGAGAUGGAGCUACGGGAGAAGGAGGAGAAAAAGAUCCGACUGAACAUGAAGUCAAGGCUGCCAGAGGACUCGUUCAUCACUCUGAAGAAAGGUUUUCUGUUCACCUAUAACCUGGUUCAGUUCUUGGGCUUCUCCUGGAUCUUUGUCAACAUGACCGUCAGACUCUUUAUACUGGGACAAGAUUCUCUCUAUGACACAUUCUACACCAUCUCGGACGUGAUGUUUUUCUGCCAAAUAUUAGCCAGUGUAGAAGUGCUCAACGCUAUGUUUGGAGUGGUCAAGACUGCGGUGGUUCCUGCUUUUAUACAGGUGGUUGGUAGGAACUUCAUCCUCUUCAUCAUCUUCGGCAGCCUGGAUGAGAUGCACAACAAAGCAGUGGUCUUCUUCGUCUUCUACCUCUGGAGCUCUAUAGAGAUGUUUAGGUAUCCGUUCUACAUGCUGGGUUGUAUCGACACAGAAUGGAAGACGAUCACCUGGCUGAGGUACACCAUCUGGAUACCCCUGUACCCUCUGGGGGUGCUGGCUGAAGCGGUUGCAGUGGUCCAGUCCAUCUCAGUGUUUGACCAGAGCAGACUGUUCAGUAUCCCUCUACCAAAAGCCCUGGGCCUGGGCUCCUCUGUCAGCUUCUCCUAUGUCCUCUAUAUCUAUCUACCUCUCAUGGUCAUCGGGCUUCUCAUCAACGUCCGCCACCUGUACAAGCAGAGGAGGAAGAGGUUCCGGACCAAGAAGAGGAAAUCUAACUGAGAUCUUUUUGACCUUUGAUCUCCAACAACACCUCUGCUGCCUAUCUGUUCCCAUCGGUCUCAUUUAGUGACAUCAUCUCAACUAGGGUGACAAAAUUCUGGCAACUUUCCCAGAAGUCCCAGUUAGAAAAACCUGGGAAUUUUCCAACCCUAAACCUCAACCCUUUUGUCUUGUAUUUUCUGAUGUAGUUGAUAAUAGCGUUAGAAUCAUUUAGCAGUAUGAUGUCUUAUUUCCGGGUGUUUGUUAAAGUUAUCCUGAUAACAUCAUUCCUCAGGGAAAGUCACAUUAUAAAGAUAUGUUUUUGUCAUGUCAAUGAAUAUGCUGAAUAAAAAUGAGCGGUUCCACUUCC